GUUGAGGAUGAGCUCAAGUGUCCGAUCACCAUGAGCCGCAUGAGAGACGCAGUGGUCACCUGUGACGGUCACAGCUACGAGAGAAGUGCUAUCCUCCGAUGGUUGAGGAGGUUACAACCACCAGUGCUGUUCUCCUUCACCUCCUCCAUGUGA